AUGAAGUUAGAUGAUAGCAAUAACUCUGGAAACUUUAUUGAUUUAUUAAAAUUAUUGUCCAAAUAUGAUCAUUCAUUACAGAACCAUUUUCAACUAAUUAAUGAAAAACAACUGGCACAACAUUAUUUGAGUCAUGAUAUCCAAAAUGAAUUAAUUAAACUUAUGUCUAAAAAAGUAAUUGAAGAGAUUAUUAGUAAAGUAAAACUAGUGAAAUAUUAUGCUUUCAUGCUCGACUGCACUAGAGACAUAAGUCGCGUUGAACAGAUGUCCAUUAUUUUAAGAUUUUGUAAUACGUCAACCGGUGAUAUAGAAGAACAUUUUAUUGGAUUUAUUGCUGUUGAUUCCACAACAGGGGAACAUUUAACAAACAUUAUUCUACACGAGCUAAAAAGUAAUGGUUUAGAUAUUCAAGACUGUCGUGGACAAGGUUUUGAUAAUGGCGCGAAUAUGGUAGGAAUAAACAAGGGUGUUAAAACACGAAUAUUAAAUAUUAAUCCAAAAGCAUUCUUUGCGCCUUGUGGUUGUCACAGCUGGAAUUUGAUUUUAGUAGAUGCUGCUAAGUCUUCCAUUACAGCUACAACAUUUUUUGGCUUUAUUCAAAAAAUUUAUUUGCUCUUUUCAAAAUCUAGUAAACGAUGGGAUCUUAUUAAAGAUAAAUUAAAACUAACAUUAAAGUCUUUAUCUGAAACAAGGUGGGAAAGUAGAAUUGCUGCAGUCAAAGCAAUAUUAUUUCAAUUUGACGAUAUCAUUGAUUGUAUAAAUAUACUUAAAAUGCAAAUAGUAGACGCAGAAACUCUAUGUGAUUGUGAAGCCAUUUUAAAAGAAAUGUUAACAUUUGAAUUUAUUGUUGCAAUACAUGUGUGGUAUGAAAUUUUACUUCGUGUAAAUAAUAUAAGUAAAAUCUGGCAAUCAGUUCAAGUUAAUUUAAAAAUGGCUGUUGAUUCUUUAAAUAAUUUUUGCAAUUGGAUUCAAGAAUAUCGUGAUAUAGGAUUCAAUAAAAGUAUUAUAGAAUCUCGCCAGUUCAUAGAAAAAAGUAGUUAUGAAAUAGAAUUAAAUUUUAAAAACAAGAGAAUAGCAAAGAAGAAAAAAAUGUUUAGUUAUGAACACACUGAUGAACCUAUAGAGAAUGGUGAAAAAAAGUUUAGAAUCCAUUUCCAAAGAAGAUCUUUAUAA